UCCGGUUACUGCAUUCAACUACACGAGGACAGACAGUCAACAAAAUAGUGCAUUAUGGCAGGAAGUACGACACGCAACAUCCCAGCUGUGCUCGCAGUUCUCUCACUGUGUGUCGCUUUGGGGGCGACCAACCCUAAGGGGCAGGCAAGAUCCUCCUCGCCCUGCGCUUCAGGAGCGGCUUACUACUCCGACUCCAGUGACUGCAAUGCCUAUUACCAGUGCGUAUCAGGGGCAGGCGUUCAACUGCGCUGUCAACCCGGACUCCACUGGAACAACGUAGCCGUCACAUGCGACUGGCCGGAAACUGCCGGUUGCGUGUUGGAAGCUCACGGCGGAGAUGACGAGGACAAGGACGAAGUCGGUGCGGGCGAUGUCGAAGACGAGAAGGAGGAAGAGGUAGAAGAGGAAGAAGAAGAAGAAGAAGAAGACAGUGGAGACAGUGGAGACAGCAGCGUGAGCAGUGGCGAAUCCGGCACCAGCGAGGAAUCCGUUGAAGGCAGCGAGAGCAGCAGCGAGAGCAGCAGUGAAAGUGACAGCGAAAGUGACGAGUGUGAGGAUGACGACAGUCACCCCGAGUGCCCUAAGGAAGGCUCUGAACUUACACAAUUCAUUCCUCAUUCUAACCCUACCCAGUUCUAUCACUGCAGCAACGGAAUAGCGCCCAACACCACAAAAGGGCGGGGGUAA